AGCAUCAGUGAUGGAGAAUCUCCAGUCUCCCGACAAGGAGGGAGUAGCAGAGUGUUCUGCUGCGUAGCAGAGCCUAGGGAACACCAAAGAAGCACCAGCUUCCAUAGUGAACAACUGGUAACUUUCCAUAGAGCACAGUGCAAUGUUGUUAAGGGACAUAUGUGCGCUUUUGGUGACACUUAUAAUUUGUGAGCAGCUACUUUAUGCAGAAGGACAAAAGCCUGUGGCAAAGACAAAUGUUUUAUCAGAAGCAAGGGGUCCAAAAGCUGUUACUAUUGAUGUACAAUGUCCAACAAACUGGGUGCAUUAUAAGUUAUCAUGUUACAAGUUUAUGAGGUCUCCUGUCAAGACACGAAAGCAAGCAAGAAUACAGUGCCAGGCUUAUGGAGAAGGUUCUGAUCUUGUGAGUGUUUCCAACAAGGAGGAGCAUGGGUUUUUGAUACGUCACCUCCGUGAAAAUGACCCCCUUUUGAGGAACUGGUAUACUUCUGGUGUACAGAAGACACCAAAUAUAUGGGAAAAUGAAGGGGAUGGUACAUCAUAUCAGGAUAUGAUGGAGGCUUUCCUACCCAAUCAGGGAUCUAGUCCAAAAAAACAGUUCUUGGCAUACAUGUAUUCAGUUCAAUACAAGGAGUGGGGCUUAUUGAUGGUGGAUGGUGAAGACCCUCUUUUGUACGUCUGUGAAAUACCUCAAGCCAACCUCAACAAUCUAUAUGAUGAAUCCAUUGAGCGUAGUCAUGAAUAUGGCCUGAUCAUCAAUGAUCCUGAGAAGAUUCCUCGUGGUCCAGCUAUUAUCAAGCAGCCUAAGAACACUAUGUUUGAUCUCGCUCGUCGAGAAGUGAUUAAUUAUGUGUCUGUUAUGUGCGUAGCUGAAGGAUAUCCUCAUCCAUCGUAUGACUGGUAUAAAGAAACCUAUGAGGACAAUAAACUCACACCUAAGCGUAUAGAUCCUCUGCAAGACCCUCGAUUUACAGUUUCCGGAGGAACCUUAAUAAUAAAUAAUCCCAAGCAGGUUGACGACCGAGGGAAGUACCAUUGUCGUGCCACAAGUGAGUUUGGCAGCGUUACAUCAGAAAGUGUUCAGCUGUCAUUUGCAUAUGUUGCUGAAUUUAAUCUGAAGAGGUCUGAUGAACAAGGAAACCAAUUUUGGGGCAAAGCCAUAUAUUGUGACCCACCUCAGCACUUUCCUGAUGUGAGGUAUUACUGGGCAAAGGGUUAUUUCCCUAACUUUGUUGAAGAAGACAAAAGAACUUUGGUUUCGUUUGAUGGCAAUUUAUACUUUUCUUAUCUUGAUUACAUCGAUAGUGGAACUUACAGCUGCAAUGUUCAGAGUUCAGUGUCAGGAAUUGGUAAAAAUGGUCCUUUCUUCAGACUAGAAGUCUUUCCUCAUCCUAACUACCAGCAGCUGAAGUUCGCCAAUAAUUUCCCCAAGGCAUUUCCAGAGUCUCCUGUUCGUGGGGGAGAUGUGAGGUUGGAGUGCAUUGCAUUUGGCUACCCUGUUCCAUCGUACAACUGGACUCGUAAGAAUGGCCAGCUUCCCAGAGGUGCUUAUUUUGCAAGCUACAAUAGGGUCUUGAUUUUACCUAAAGUAGAACCCUCUGACAUGGGAGAUUAUGUAUGCCGUGCUCAAAACAACAGGAUUUCCAUUGAAAAUACCAUUUCUCUCAGCAUCCAAGCAAAGCCUAGCUUCACUAUCCGUCUUAUGGACCAGUUUAUUGCCAAAGAUGCUGAUCUCAUAUGGGAAUGUGAGGCCUUUGGAAUACCAGAUGUGGAUUAUGAGUGGUUAAGAAAUUCUGAACCACUAACAAUGGAAAGCCUUAGUGCAGAGGAACAGGCACGAUAUGAAAUUGUGGAUAGUAUUUUGAAAAUCAAAUCUGUUACUGAAGAAGAUGAAGCAAUGUACCAGUGUAAAGCUACCAACCAGUUGGGAUCUUCUUACUCGUCAGCUGAACUUAAAGUCCUAAAAUUGGCUCCAUCAUUCCGUAAGAAACCUCUGGAAGUGGAAAUGUAUGGGGCUGAGGGAAAAAAUGUAACAAUUGUUUGCAACCCAGAAGCAGCACCAAGACCUAAUUUUGAGUGGAGGAAAGAUGGAUUAGUUGUAGGAAAUGGUGGUAGACGAAAAAUUCUUCGAAAUGGUAACUUGAUUAUUGACCCAGUUUCCCGAGAAGAUGAAGGUAAUUACACAUGCACUGCCAAGAAUGUUUAUGGAGAAGAUUCGAGCACUGGCAGACUUAUAGUGUUACGGAAGCCUGAGUUUUACCGCAGUCCACCAGAAUUUAUUACAAGCUCCAUGGGCGAGACCAUCGCUCUGGAAUGUGAGGCAUAUACAGACCAUGUACUUGACACCGCUUAUAUUUGGCGUCACAAUGGCUUGCGCAUUGAAGUUGAUGAUACAGAUUUCCUCCGUCAUCUUGCUUACGAGCAGGAUAAUCCUUUGGAGUCAACUCUUAUUGGUAAACAGAGACAGCCAGAUUUUUAUGUCUCAAAACGAGAACCUCCUUUCGAAAAGGGCUAUCGUCUGGGCCAUCUUCGUAUUAAAAAGUUGACCUUGGCUGAUGCUGGAGUGUACGAAUGUGUUGCAAUCACCCCAGUGGCUAAAAUCAGCAUUUCUACCACACUUAUUGUUCAUGGACCACCUGGCCCCCCUGGUGGUGUAACGGCAGUUGAUCUCACCAGCACUUCAGCACGUAUCCAGUGGACUGAUGGGGCUAGUAAUGGAAAACCAAUAGCAGUCUAUAAUAUCCAGACUCGUACACAGUGGACCAGAGCCUGGAUGACUGUUGCUGAAAAUAUAACAGCUAAGCUAAUUGAUGCUACAAAUGGAAGAAGAGAAUAUCAGUUAGGUGAUGUGCUAUCUCCAUGGUCCUCUCAUGAGUUCAGAAUUCAAGGCGUCAAUGAUUUAGGCCUGGGCCAGUUUUCAACCAGUUCACCUCAGGCCAAUACUAAAGAGGACAGGCCCUUCACUCACCCAGAAAAUCUAGGCGGAGGUGGUGGAAAAACUGGUGACCUGACAAUUACAUGGACACCAUUAUCCAAUGAGAAACAAAAUGCUCCUGGGGUGUACUACAAGUUGUUCUGGAGACGAAGUGUGUUAGAACCAGAAACAGAAUUCCAGAAAAUUAUCUUAAAAGACCGAGGCAACAUUGGGAUGUAUGUGGUAGAUGUAGACCCUGUCAAAUAUUUCUACACUCAGUAUGAAAUCAAAAUUCAGGCUUGGAAUAGCCAAGGGCCUGGACCAAUAAGUGAACCAAUUGAGAUCUUUACUGCUGAAGACAUGCCACAGGUUCAGCCCACAGAAGUAUCAGCCUUUGCUCAUAAUGCCACUUCACUUAAUGUCACCUGGCAGCCUAUUAAUCCCACUAGAGAAAAUAUUAGAGGAAAACUUAUUGGAUAUCGGAUUAAGUAUUGGAGACGAACAGAUAAUGAAACAGAUCACAUCAUCAAGCUUCAGAUUGGUACGAAAUCUUAUGGGCUUAUAGUUGGUUUGGUUCCAAAUACAUUUUACUGGGUACGAGUCAUGGCUUACAAUCGAGCAGGUUCAGGACCAGAAAGUGAAAGAUUUCUUGAGCGAACGUGGCGAGAUAAUCCACGUAUGCCUCCCAACGCUGUCAAAGUUUAUGCCAUUGAUCCCAGUACAAUUCGUGUUACCUGGAGAGGUGUCACUCCUGGACCUAUGGAAGAGCCUCUUAUUGGCUACAAGAUUAAAGUAUGGGAAGCUGAUCAAGAUUUUACAAAAGCCAAUGACACUUUAGUCUUCAUUGGUUCUCCCUUGGAAGCCUACAUCUACGACUUGGUACCUGGCAAGACUUACAAACUUCGAGUGCUUGCUUACUCUAGAGGUGGGGAUGGGAAAAUGUCAUCACCACCAUGGGAAUUCCAGCUAGGUGAUCCAGAUAUCCUGAAAGGUGAAGCUCCUUCUACAUUCCAUGUUUUGAACAGCAGUCUUUUGCUUACAUUUUUGGUGGCCUUUUUUACUCCACUCGUACGCUCUCGCUACUUCACCACACACUGAGGAGAAAUAUGCUUGAUGUAUGAUGGAUUACUAAACUCCGCUCCAGAAACAAUUCGUCCAUAUUUUUUAAGUCAUAAUAGUAUUCAACAAGAGUUAAAUAUUUUACUGUAUUAAGUUUAUAACCUAUAAAACAACUGGUUUUGUUUUGUCACCAAUUUUAAUUUUUAAUGAGAUUUGUUAUUUAUUAAAGCAUUUUUAUUUGGAGUACAAGGACUCCACAUUCCAAAAAAAAUUCAAUCAUCAAAGAGAAAAUUGAGUGUAAUAUUCUUCCUAUAUAUAUAAAAAUUUUAUAGUAUGACUAUUGUUUUAAGUUGGGCAUACUAUUUGUAAAAAAAAAAUUCUAGGUUUUCUUCAAGUUCUCUAAUACCUAAAUGGUUCCUCUAAGCUUACCAGUGUGGCAAAUAUACUACUGUAUUUACAAGGAUACCCUGUUACCGUAAGUCGAUUACUGUUUCAAAUUCAAAUAAAAGAUCGAUAGAAUGUUUAUUAUAGUACAUUAUUUAUGUAAAUUACAUAAUUUAACUCACAUGCCAAAUGAAAUGGAGGAAAGUAUUACAUAAAAAAACAGCUGUACAAAAAAUGUAUUUGAUGUGAGCACUAAAUUAAUUACCAAGGUUUUUUUUAUUAUAAAUUUAUUAAUUUUCAGGCUUAUAUACAGAACAUUGCAUGAUUUAUCAAAUAUAAAGAAGAGUAUUCAUUGUCCACUUGACUGAUUUUCUUUAGUAAACACAUUUGUAUUACUAAGCAAGCAGUUUUUAAUUUAGAUUUAGAUUUAUUAGCAUUGUAGUAAGAUUGAGUGUCAGUUUAUUUUUCAGAAGCAGUAUUUCUGUACAUUUUGUAAUUAAGGACAGCUGUCUGCAGUGUUAUUUUGUCAAUCUUCCCAUAUUAUAGUAGACAAUUUUUUUUAUUGAUACACAUACGUAUUUGGACUGGUAACAGCAGAGCUGGGCAUCACUACUCAAAUUUUGGUUCCGUACCCCGCAUCUCCACAACUUUGAGGUGGUUGCCGCUACCACUACUUCGCAGCUUUUUUAACUUUUGGAAACCGCUACCCGCACCUCUACUACGAUUACUUUUACUGUAAAGCGCAACUCAAAAUAAACAGCUUUUUUAAUGAAACAGAAAUUCUAACACAUAAUUGAUUUAAACACAAAAUAGUGGAAAACUAUUUUUACUCUUAAGUAUCAAAUCACUAAAUGAGCAUGAAAAAUACGCAAAAUAAAUAAAUAUAUAUAUACACAAAAAUUUAUACUAAGGAAAAUAAAAAAUUAUAUAAAUAAGUUUCAUUACCUUGACCAAAAAAUAGAUUUCCUGAUUUUUUUGCAAAAAACUCCAAGACUCCAAGCUCGGAGCCAAAAAAGAAUAGAUCUAGUAGGAAAAUCCAAGGAGUAGCAGAACUGGCAGUGCCAUGCUGCACCAUCAAAACAAGUUCAGUCCUGCAUCUCUCAGACUCUGCAGCGGCCAAUGGUCAACCUUAAGCAAGCAAUUAGUAAUGCGUUAACUCGUUAAGACGUCUUGUUACAUUUUUCGGUUUUUCGUUUUUGAACGGUAGCGGUUGCAAUUUAAAUUUUUGAGUUCCGCAACCCGCUACUCCACUAAUUUUGGCACGAGGUAGCGGCCAAACAAGUCUGCAGCCAAAAACAGGUUCCACAAGUUGCGGAGGUGCGGACUAAAGUUGUGGAACGCCCACCUUUGAGUAACAACAUUAGCGAGAUUACAUUUCUGGAGCUUACAGGUAUGUGCUGUGUACCAUGUACACUAUCUCCUAAUACUGGAAGCAGCACAAAUAUGAAACACAGCUAGCUUUGUAAAUAUCAGACAACUGUAUAGAAUGACCUUUGCUGUGUCAUUUUGAAGGUAAGAGACCUCAUUAUUUAUAAGUCACCUAAAUACUGUUUCUCAUAUUUCAUUGAAAUUUGGAAAAAUUACUUUUCAAGUAAGCCCUUGUAUUGAACGGAUUAUCUUUUAUAGAAGGAAAGAAACUGUGCCAAAUGCAAUUAGAAUGAUUUUGUGCAUAAUGUGAACAAUUUAAACAAACGUUUAGUUCACAGUGCUUUGUAAGAUAGCUCUAAAAUUGCAUCACGUAUAGUAGUUUGCUGUGAUGGUACAGUUUGCGAAAAUUAUGUCAGUUUAGUACAAAGGUGUGGUGGUAUAACAGCAGUGAUAUAUUGAAGUUAUUCAAGCAAUUGAAGCAUAUAGUGAUAAUUUUACUGCAUAUAAUUACUUACGUGAUUUAGUAGUACGUAUAUUGUAAUGUAAGAGAGUUACGAAUCUAGAAAGUUGAAAAGUUUUAAAAAUUUAUGAAAUGAUGCAAGUUGUUAAGAAUUUGACAGCUAAAGAUGAGUGUACUUGAAGGAUUAAGAGAGAUUUUUUAUUUUUAUUAAUUUUAAAUCGUAAUGCAUAUUGUGCAUUGUAUUUAUAGCCAUGUAAGAAUGAACUACACAUCUUUUCCCAACUAAUGUAAAGGUAGAGGUGCAGGUAAAGUAGCAUUCCCCUUUUCAGUACUGUGAACCUUGAAAUUCUUGAAGAAAAAGAAAAUUGUGACUAAGAUGUCAGUUAUUGAAAUAAGAAUGGUAGAGUGAAGGAAACCAGUUGCUUUUAGGAUGCCUUAUAUUGAAGUACAAUUAAAGUUGAUAUUCAUGAGAUGCGUGUUAACAGGAAGUAAUGAUACAGUGUGAAUUACUGUUUUUAGGUAUAUUCUGAAGCAACCUACCCUAAAGUUUAAAUAAAUAACUAGGAGGUUCUUAUGAUUUCUUAAACAUAAGUUUAACUGAUGAAAUUUUUAUUUCACCACUUGGCAGAUAUGUAUAAAAUAAUCUUUACAGUCCUGUAUUGGAGCAGCUUAUUCAUUACCUCAGAUUACAAACAUUCCAGUAAAUAGAAAAUUUAGAACUUUCUAUUGUAGUUUUAAGCAGUAAAAGUACAAGUUAUGUCUUUUGACUACUAGUUGUAUUCUAAUCUUAAAUUUCAAUUUGAAUCUCUUUGUACGAUCUUUGAUGUUGUGAUUUAAACUGGACAUUUAAAAUAAUAAAUUUGAUGGGUAUUAUGUUAAAAAAUCAAGCAUCUUUUACAGGUGUUGUAGUUUGGUCAAUUAUCUUUUGUAUUUUUGGCAGGUUUGUUAAAUUAUUUCAAUGUUUGUAUACUUUUAAAUUUUUUAAAUUAUUUUAAUUUGGGUAGCUCAGAACAUGAAAAUUCUUGAAGUUACUUAUGUUUUGACAAUUUACUUAACCAAGGUUAUAUGGAAACCAGUAUUACUGUGCUUGUCUCACUUUUUACAGAUAAAAUUCUCAUGCAUAUGUUUCUCAGUAUCUGCAUUGGUUUUUUUUAUUUAAAAUUUAUAGGUAGCUUGGAUUUUUGUCUUUAGAUAUUGUAACAUCCGAAGAAAAUUUGACAUUAACUACCCAUCUCGAGGGGAGAUUUGUAUUUUAAAAUUGUUGUUGUACCUUCCUUUUUUGGAAGAUCAUUUUCAAUAAUGUUAAUAUUUGUGCAGAUUAUAUUUUCUGAUGAUGGCAUUUACAAUGCAUGCAGCCUCUUUAUGUGCUUUAGAUAACAUUUAGAAAACAAAUAUGCAACAGAAGGUGAAAGGUAUAAAAUAUAAUGAGCAUUUUAUUUUUAUUUGUCAUGUACUUUGUGGUAAUGAUGCACUUUACAUUUGUUUGUUAUAAAUUAAUGUCAGUCACAAAGUAUUACAUUACAUUAUAUGACUAUUGUGAUAAGGAAAUAAGUUAUAUUUCCUGUUUCAGUACUUUUGUUUGUGAGAAGUUUCCGUCCACUUUUAUUGUUAAUUUUAUUUCCUUUAUUGGAGUAAGUUUAAGAGUAAGAGCUUGUAAGGGUAAGUGAAAAUGGCACUAAAAAAUUACAGCUUUAUUCAGUUAUUUAAUUAAAAGAAGUUAAAUUUUUUAAAAUUCCUGUAGCAUGUGUAUAUAUAUUGGCCUUUUAGUCACAAUAAUAUCUCGGAUUAAUUUUAUUUAGCCUGUGGAAUGCACAAUUACAAAAAUAGUAGUUUUCUCAUAGCAUACUGUCUUGAACCUAUUAUCCUCCUUAAUUUAUGGUUUCUAUGGAAUAAAGAACAUAAUCUAAUAGUCUAAAAUUGCAAAAAUAUAGUUUUUCUCAUAGCAUAUUAUAUCAAAAGUACUAUCUUCUAUGACAAUUUGUUUUUUUAUGGAAUAAAUGUAAAAUAAUCUAAUAUUCUAUUUUUUCUUAAUAAGAAUAUUCAUAACUAUUAUUCCAUGUUGAAAGAAAAAAAAAUAACUUGUGCAGAUGUGUCAUAGAAAGGACAGUCUUAGCUGUUGCUCACAACCCGCAGGUUAAAAUUUAUGUUUAUCUUAGCAUUACUUUGACUACAUUACCAUCAAACAUUUUUAUAAGUAUGUUACACAAGUUUUGAUGUUUUCUUUUGUAAACUCAUGAUGUGUUUUUAAUGUAGUAGUUGUUUGGUUAUCUCAAAUGAUUGUUUUAUAUUAUUGAACAUAUCAGUAUUGCAUGAAAGUGUAAAUGUACUUGUACGCUGUCAGAAUUCACACUUUUUAUAGUCCAAUUAAAAAAAUUUAUUCUAA